AUGACACUGUACGCACCAUUUCGAACAGGAGACGCAGAGUCUUCCUUGUCGAACAUUCCAACACCGCCAGAACUGCCGGUGAUGGAUCCAGAGCUGUACCACAACAACAACAACAACAACACGCCUUCUUCUUCCUUUACAGUACCGUCGUCUAUUGCCAGCGUGAAGAGAAACCCAUCGAUAUCGCAGUCGCCUCCUCACAUGUCGCCCCUGACGAGUCUCGAAGCAAUGUACACAGCAUCGCCGCAGCUAGUAACACGGACGAACUCUACGACCCCUGAUCCAGCCCACACUGAUGGGCAGCUGGUUGUGGGAAUGGGGAUCCGUGAUGGCGAGCGCCAGAGGGCUUUCAUGCCCUCUUCAGUUCCUCGCCAAGGAGCUUCUUCGUCCAUGUGGAGCGCUUGUAUGGAAGGGUCACAAACUGGAAGCGACGAUUUCGGCAACUACGCUCUGCACAGCUCUCGGCCUGGUCAGGUAGCUGAUGGACUCCCUCCUCCAUCUUCGCGUAGCUGGACGCCUCCAGAACACAUUCGCUCGGUAUCCUGGGAUCACUAUCCGAGACAGCAACUAGUUCCUUCUUAUCCACAAGGCCCAGAGCUGACUUCUUUCCCGGCUGAUGGGCUUCCUUACAACCUUCCCCUGCAGAGUUAUGACGGGGCAGAAGGCAGCUUUCUGCAGCGAAGCCAGACAGAACCGUGCCCAAGGCAGUAUCAGAACGAAGUAUCGACACCAGAAAGCCUUCGCGCGCUAUCCCCCUGCAGCACUACUCUGUGUCUAAAGGCAGAUUACGACGAGGGUCUGCCAAGUCCAACACCCGCCGCGCAGCAACAGCCAUUACCGGGCACAAUGGAGGACUUGAUGGGUGGUGGUGGUGGUGGACCUCACACGCCGCCCCCGAUCGGAACGGGUAACGGGAGUCAAAUCGACAACAGCGCGCCGACCCCAACAUCAGCAGCAGCAGCAGCAGCAGCAGUGGUAAUUCCCGGCGGCGGGGGUGGCGCAUCCGACUCGGGCUUGACGGGCAACCACACUAGCAACAGCAGCAGCAACAACAAAAAUGAAGAGCCCUACGCAAAGCUCAUUUACCGCGCCUUUAUGAGCAAGCCGAACCACGCCAUGACCCUGCAGGAGAUCUACCAGUGGUUCCGGGACAACACGGACAAGGGCAAGGAUGAUACCAAGGGGUGGCAGAACAGUAUCCGGCACAAUCUGAGCAUGAACAUGGCUUUUACCAAACGUGAGAGAAAAUGCAGCACCGCCAGCCAGAGCGAUCCCUCGACAACAGACGACAAGCAGCCAGAAGAAGAGACCAAACCGGUUGUUUUGUCUUCGUCUUCUUCUCCUGCUACUGCUGCUACCUCAGCCGACCAAAAGAAAUCUACCGAGUGGUACCUUGAGCCCUGGGCCAUUCACGAGGGUGUCCAAUCCACUACCCGCUACCGCAAGGGGAACCAGUCCCGACGCAGCGGUGCCCUGUCUUCAUCUUCCCUUCGGUAUGGUGACUUUUCCCGGCGGUCGUCAUCUGGUAGUCAUCGAGGCAGUAACAAACCUGGAGUCUACAACGGCAGAAUCCGCACCGCGUCGUUGUCGUCUGCUUCCCGACAUGCGCAGACCAACAUGAGGAACCACGCUCAGAACAUUGCGCAUGCCAUGGCCCAGGCGCAGGUGGCGGCCAUGGCGGUGGGGUACUACCCCCCUCCUCCUCUGCAGACAUCACCCUACGCUGGGACCCACUCGGGGUUUUAUCCUGCUGGGCCGUUGGUGCAGGUGGACAUGCCCACGAUGGGGGUGGACCAGCAGCAACAGUUGGAUUAUCACCACCAAGCUCAUCAGGAUGGGUACUACCUUCACUCCCAGCGGUCUGCUGCUUCUACUCGGGCGCCGUCAGACGAGCCGGUGACACCCGAGCCGGUGAAUGUCGGGUUGGCGUACGGGCAGGGGACCGCACCGGAUGGGUUGUUGCUUCCCGAUUUGAGGACCACGAGCGCGAGUAAUGGGGAUUAUCACGGGGGUUUAAUGCAGCAUCAUCAUGUUUAUGACACUCAUCAUCACAAUGGGUGGGGGGGAGCGAGCACGGUGAUUAUGGAUGAUGGAGAACAACAUCAUCAUAUGGGGGUGGUUGGGUAUCAUCAGUAUUAA